AUGAGAAUUCAUUCUGCAGAACAUUCUUACAAAUGUUUAGUGUGCAAUAAUGUAUUCACAAUUGAAGAAGAUCUUAAGGUUCACAUGAGAAUUCAUACUACAGAACGUUCUUACAAAUGUUUAGUGUGCAAUAAAGUAUUCACAAUUGAAGAAGAUCGUAAGGUUCACAUGAGAAUUCAUACUGCAGAAUGUUCUUACAAAUGUUUACUGUGCAGUAAAGCAUUCGCAAUUGAAGAAGAUCUUAAGGUUCACAUGAGAAUUCAUACUGUAGAACAUUCUUACAAAUGUUUAGUGUGCAGUAAUGUAUUCACAAUUGAAGAAGAUCUGAAAGCUCACAUGAGAAUUCAUACUACAGAACGUUCUUACAAAUGUUUAGUGUGCAGUAAAGUAUUCACAAUUGAAGAAGAUCGUAAGGUUCACAUGAGAAUUCAUACUGCAGAACAUUCUUACAAAUGUGUAGUGUGCAGUAAUGUAUUCACAGUUGAAGAAGAUCUUAAGGUUCACAUGAGAAUUCAUACUGCAGAACAUUCUUACAAAUGUUUAGUGUGCAGUAAUGUAUUCACAGUUGAAGAAGAUCUUAAGGUUCACAUGAGAAUUCAUACUGGAGAAUGUUCUUACAAAUGUUUAGUGUGCAGUAAUGUAUUCACAUUUGAAGAAGAUCUUAAAGCUCACAUGAGAAUUCAUACUGGUAAACGUUCUUACAACUGUUUAGUGUGCAGUAAAGUAUUCACAGUUGCAAAAGAUCUUAAAGUUCACAUGAGAAUUCAUACUGGAAAACGUUCUUACAAAUGUUCAGUGUGCAGUAAAAUAUUCAAAGUUGAAGAAAAUCUUAAGGUUCACAUGAGAAUUCAUUCUGAAGAACGUAUUUACAAAUGUUUAGUGUGCAAUAAACCAUGGGCAUCAAAAACAGAUCUUAAAGUUCACAUGCAAAUGCACGCUGAUGAACGCCCUUUUAAAUGCACCAUUUGUGAUAUGAACUUUGGAACUCAUAAGAAAGGUCGUCAAUUCGAGCAUGAGAAAGUACAUCCUUACAAGUGUAUAGUAUGUGGCAAAGCAUUCACACGUAGUGAUAAUCUUAAGGUUCAUCAUAGAAUUCAUACUGGGGAACGACCUUUUAAAUGCUACAUUUGCAGGAAGGAAUUCACACAAAAAGUUACUUUAAACUUGAAUCCUACAGAAAACUUCUGGGACGAGUUGGAUCGCCGAAUUAAGGAGUGCAGCAACCAUCCAAAAUUGGUGAAAGAACUUGUGUGUCUUCUCCAAGCCGAGGAGAAGAAAAUACCACUGCCCACCAUCCAAACACUUGUGAAAAGCAUGCCCCAGAGGUUUAAGGCUUAA